GUAUUCUUUCUUCCCCUGAGUAACACCAUUCUCAGCUGCUUCAAAGAUAACUCGGUCUUUGCGUGGGACUUUGAUACUCUUCGUUGCAAGUAUCAGCUACCAUCGCCCAUCGAAGGUUCUUCAUUGCACUACAAGGUCUUUGCCGUGACCCGAGAUGGCCGCGUCCUGGCAGCGGGAGGCAAAUCAAAUCACCUCCACCUGUGGUGCUUGGAGUCUAAGCAGCUGCUACGAAUUAUCCAGAUGCCAACCCAAGUGCGAGCCAUCCGCCAGCUGGAGUUUCUUUCUGACAGUUUUGAUGGGGGCUCUAAUCAGGUCCUUGGAGUGCUGAGCCAAGAUAAUAUCAUGAGAUUGAUCAACAUCAGUACUUGCAAACUGCUGUUUGACCUUGGCAGUCACGAAGAGGGAAUCAGCGUUGCUGCAGUGAGCCCUUCUGGGAGAUACAUUGCAGCCGUGAUGGAGAACGGCAGCCUUAGCAUAUACAGUGUCCAAGCUCUGACCCAAGAGGUCAACAAGCCUCCCCCACCUCUGUUUAAAGUGAUCGAGGAAGCUAAAAACAAGUUGGAUGCCAGCAAACUUACUGUGAGAGUCACAUCCAGAACCUCAGAGAGGCCGUGGAAAGCCAAAAAAGGCAAAAUCCAGUCCAAGGUGUUGAAGCCUCCGCUUGACAUGUCGUAUGAGGACAAGGAG